UUCCAUUAGUAUCAAUUUUGCGUACUACUCCAUCUGCUGGAUGUUUUUGUAUUUCUUUUGGACAUUACAUUGUUUAUGAUUUACUGAUUGCUUGUGAUUGUUGUGUUGUACUGUAGGCAAUGGGAGGCAAAUUCGAAACCGGAAAGGGAUUGAAGAAUGUCCUCUCAAGUGGUGUGGAUAAAGAUGGAGCAGACUCAGAAGGUCGGACAGCCCUGCACUUUGCCUGUGGGUAUGGUGAGGAGUAUUUGCCGAUGUUGGAGUCACGGGAGAGAUUCCCGUCGACACAGAGACUGCGACCAGAGUUGUCUAUCCAGGACAUGAUUUCCAUUGAGGAGAUGGGUCUCACAUAUAUGCUCUAUGUGCCCGAGUUUCGGGCAAACAUGGGGUUGCUGACUGCGUUGGCUGAGAGAUGGCACUCAGAGACAUGCACGUUUCACCUGCCGAUGGGUGAGAUGACAGUGACAUUGGAGGACGUAUACAGGAUUCUACAUGUUCCCAUUGAUGGAGAGUUGAUCCCCUACGACCGUGACGGUGACAGGGAGGCCUUGAGACGGGUUUUUCAGGAUCCUGAGUUGGAGAUGCGAGCAGGUCAUGUAGCCUGGGACACCAUGACUGCCACGAGAUUAGCAUUGCCGGCAGUUGUUGGGGGAGUCAUCAGUGGAUACUUGUGUCCAGACAGGGCCACACGAGGAUUGGCAGUGGGCUGGGGAGGGGCCUUGGAGACGCUGAUGGCAGAGCACACUAGGUAUGCAUGGGGGCCAUGUGUCCUAGCACAUUUGUAUUAUGAGCUGCAUCAGUUUGUAUACCAUGGAUCAGUGGGUUUGGGCUGCGGUGUGACUCUCUUGCAGGUGUGGGCCUAUGAGCACCUUCCCAUCACACGGCCGAUUCACUUCAGAGGCAGAGGACAGGGACAGAGUUUCGUCCACCUGUAUGCCAUGAUUACAUCCCAGCCUCGGAUUGGGAGAUUGGAGCACUGGAGGAGAGUUAUUGAUGAUAUUGACAUGGUGAUCUGGAGGCCGUAUCUAGGAUGCGAGGAGUGGGAGGACGACGCAUUGGAGCUGCCCUACACCUUCCGGAGCAGGUACCUGAUUGGGCGGACGCCCUAUAUAUUAGAGAGACAGCUGGUGGAUAGGGUAUGCAGGCAGUAUGACAGGAUUCAGAGGAUGCCCCGAGGCUCGGGCAUGUAUGCCCGUACGGUCAGAGAUCAGGUGCAGUUUGGCCCACUGCUAUCCUAUGAUCAGGCAGUUAUGCAGCUAGCGGAGAUGAUGCCGAUGCCAUGGGACAUGUGGCCCGAGGUAGAUGAUGCAGGGAUGGACGCAGAGUACUCUGCGUACUGGGCAGAGCAUCCCUUUCCUAGAUUGAUAGAUCCAGCAGAGCCAGUGGAUGGAGAUGGUGGAGGAGAGGAUGAUGAUGGAGGAGGGGAUGGAGGUAGGGGCCGGCGGAGGCGGAGGGGAGUGGUGGGAGAGAGGCGGGUAGCACCUCGGAGGGAGGGAGGACAGGAGAGAGCAGCUCCAGUGGUGAGAGGACGGGGUGGACUGCCCCUACAGGUGCCAGCAGCACAGGGUCCCAGAGAGGGACAAAGACAGGUGCAGCCAGAGGGACAGAGACAGGUACAGCCACAGGUACCUAUACAGGCACAGGGACAGGUGCAGGCAGAGGCACAGGGACAGGCACCUGUAGAGGAGGAGCCACAGGCAGGGACGGAGAGCGGAGACUCUGAGGAGGAUGAGGUGCUUAGGCUGCGGGAGAUCUGCCAGGGCCAGGCAGAUGAGAUUGAGGAUUUGGUUCGAGAGAGGAACCACCUCAGGAUCAAAGUCCGAGACACAGAGCGGGAGAGGGAUCAGGCCAUCCAGAGAUACACAGAGGCCGAGACAGCUCUGAGGGCAGGGAGGCGGGCAGCAGAGGAUGCAGGGGCAGGCUACGCAUAUGUUUUGCGAGCCGGAGAGGAGAUCGCCUACUGGAGGGAUCUAUACUAUGCAGUCGUGCCAGCAGAUCAGCGGGCUAGGAGCUUCCAUAGAUCGUCGUGCACAGCGACGGCUACGGGAGGGAGCCGCAGGAGACAGGCAUCCAGCGGUGGGGUUAUGGGGCCUCCACCACCACCAGAGAGACAGGGGGAUCCCGGGGCAAGUCCAUCUACAGCUCAGACUCCGUCGAGGCGAGGCGGCUCCGAGGGAGGGAGUUCCUCAUAGCUAUAGUGGGCUCCCAUUGUAUCAGUAUAUGUACCAUUAUUGUAUUGUAGACACCUGCGGGUGAUUCUUUUGUAGCCAUAUGAUUCUUUUGGC